AUGGUCGGCAAGAAGCAGCCCGUCUACGUCCUCGGCGUGGGCAUGACCAAGUUCAUUAAACCUCGUGGCAAGGUGGACUAUCCCGAACUCGGGUUUGAAGCAGGUGUCAAAGCCAUGCUCGACGCGCACAUCAACUACGACGACGUCGACCAAGGUAUCGCAUGCUACUGCUAUGGCGACUCAACUUGCGGUCAGCGCGUCUUCUACCAGUUUGGCAUGACUGGCAUUCCAGUAUACAAUGUCAACAACAACUGCUCGACUGGCUCAACAGGCCUGUACAUGGGACGAAACAUGAUUGCGCAUGGAGCGGCCGACUGCGUCUUGGUCGUGGGCUUUGAGAAGAUGUUCCCAGGGUCGCUGCAGACCUUCUUCCAAGAUCGCGCAAACCCGACAGGCACGUCAAGUUUAAUGAUGAAAGAGACGAGAGGCAUUACCAAGGCCCCUGGUGCCGCCCAGAUGUUCGGAAACGCUGGACGGGAGCACAUGGAGAAAUACGGCUCUGAACUCAAAGACUUUGCAGAAAUCGGUCGCAUCAACCACGCGCACUCCAAGAACAACCCCUACUCGCAAUUCCAAGACGAAUACACCCUCGAACAAGUCAUGAAUGCACCCAUGAUUCACGAACCCCUCACAAAGCUUCAAUGCUGCCCGACCUCGGAUGGAGCUGCUGCCACAGUCCUUGUCUCGCAGGAGUUUCUCGACAAGCGUCCCGAGCUCAAGGACCAGGCUAUCCUAAUUGCUGGACAAAGACUCGCAACCGACACACCGUCACUGUUCAACCGAAGCGCAAUUGAACUAGUAGGAUACAGCAUGAGUGAAUUGGCUGCCCGUGAAGCACUCGAGGAGGCCAGCGUAUCGCCAGACGAUGUCAAGGUGUGCGAACUCCACGACUGCUUCUCUGCCAACGAGAUGGUUACCAUCGAAGCCCUCGGCUUGGCUCCCAAAGGAAAAGCCCAUGAGCUGAUCCGCAAGGGCGGCAUAACCUAUGGUGGAAAGGUUGUCAUUAACCCCUCUGGCGGCCUGAUCUCCAAGGGCCAUCCUCUAGGUGCCACGGGUCUCGCCCAAUGCGCAGAAUUGGUUUGGCACAUGCGCGGCUGGGCUAACAAUCGCUCAGUCAAGGACACCAAGGUGGCUUUACAACACAACCUGGGUCUCGGGGGCGCGGUAGUCUGCACAGUCUACAAGAGGCACGAUGGAAGCGCUGCGACGGAUAAGUCAGAUGAGCAGAUUGGCAAGAUUACAGGACUAGGAUACAAUCCAGCGACUGUCGCGAAGGGCUUCACAAAGGAGCAGGUUGAAGCUGUCAGGAGCAAGAAGGCGAGGAGUCAAUGGGCAUUACAAGAUACAGAACAAAAGGUUGAGGCUAGGUUUUAG